ACUUGAAUUUGAAGUGGCUUUUACACGAUGUUGUGUAGUGCCUCACAUCGCUUCAGGUCCCAUUUUAACUAGCCUUGAACGCAUUGAAAAAAUCAUUAUUGCCAACCACCUUUAAUGAACAUUGUUGCCUCAAGAAGUGAAAUUCAGCACAUCUAAAUCUUAAUUCGUGUACCCCUGAAAGACAUUACCAUUUAGCUGACGGGUUGAAAUGCACAAUCCAUCUUCAAAUAAUCGGAAACCCAUACGUGUAUGGGUCGACGGAUGUUUCGACCUAGUUCAUUUUGGACAUGCCAAUGCUCUUCGUCAGGCUAAAUCACUCGGUGAUCAACUUAUCGUUGGAAUUCACUCUGACAAAGAAAUCACUAAACAUAAAGGACCACCAGUUUUCCAUGAACAAGAGCGUUAUCGGCUGAUCAGAGCUAUGAAAUGGGUCGAUGAAGUAGUAGAAGAUGCACCAUACUUUACCUAUGUAAAAACGUUAGAAAAAUAUUCUUGUGAUUUUUGUGUACAUGGAGAUGAUCUGGUGGUAUCCAAUGAUGGAUCAGAUCCUUAUGCAGAAGUUAAAGCAACUAAUCGAUACAAAGAAGUUAAACGAACUGAGGGUAUAUCUACUACAGCUUUAGUGUCAAGAAUGUUAAAACGUAUACAACAAUUACAAGAUCAAGGUACUUAUGCAUCGCAGUUUAGUUCAAGUACAGAGUGUUCAAUCCGACGAACACAAUCAUUAGAUUCUGUAUUAAAAAGUAAAGAUAAGUUUAUGCAUCCUUGUAAGACGAAGGAAACAUUAUCACCCAUAUAUCCGGGCCUAAAUUCAAAUUGUUCUAAAGCUAAUGAUGUGACAGAUUCAAUUAAUGUUUCAAUUUGGUCUACUGGUGGUAUGACGUAUAUGCCGAAUAUUUUACGUAUAAGUCAAUUUUGUUCUGGUCAAUUUCGUGAACCUAAUAGUAAUGACAUUGUGGUAUAUGUACCGGGUACAUUUGACCUAUUCCACAUUGGUCAUUUAUCAUUCCUGGAACAGUGUUUAAAACUUGGCAAUUAUCUGUUGGUUGGAUUAUACUCGGAUAAAACGUCAUCAUUUGAAAGUGGUCGAAUGGGCUCAAUUCUCACACUUCAAGAACGACUGUUAUCUGUACUGGCCUGUCGAUACGUGAGCAAUGUAAUUAUUGAUGCACCGUAUGUAAUACCUCCCAAUCUUUUGGAUCAUUUCAAUGUAAAUUAUGUUGCAAUAGGUUGGGAUAAAAACCUUACACCAACAUUAGAAGGCUUAGAUCCGAUGAUGGUUUGUAAAGAACGAGGUAUUCUUCGUAGAAUCGAUAGUGGAUGCAAUGUUACAACUUCACUUGUCAUAUCCCGUAUUAUGAAAAAUAGGCAAGUGAUAUUAUUUCAUAAGUGUAUAGUUUUGACUAAGUUAUUUGAUGGUGAGUUUCAUCCGAAAUCUUAAUAACCUGGAAAGAUCUUUAGAACCAGAAAGUAAAGCAUUUGAGCGUGACAAUCUCCCUUCACUUAUCUUAAAAGUCUUACCAGUCCUGAUAGGCUGAUGGUCGGAGAACUCUCGUCACGGAUUCAGAAGUGUACUGGCUUUCGCCAAAUUGCGUCAUUUGUGGCGUACGCGAGAUAUUCGUCUGACCACCAAAGAACGACUUUACUGAGUAACAUUUCACUCUAUUCUACUUUAUAGGUGUGAGACAUGGCCAUUUGGAUAUUCGUAGGUUUCUAGUAUUUGAUCAUAGAUGCCAUCGAAGCGUCACUCGUGUAUUUUGGGACCAUCAGGUGAUCAAUAACAAGGUUAGGAAUAGGAUACUAGGUAAAUCUGUUUAUAAGAUAGUAAAUAUUCAUCAAAUGAGGUGGUUGAGAUUUCUGUUACGUUCGUCCAACCACCGUCUACCUCGACGGGCGAUGUUUUGUGGUGAGGGACUAAGUUGGAGGAAAACUAGAAGAAGCGAAAUCAAGAUAUAGCAACAGUCUAUGAAACCAUUGAUAACUGAUCUGACCUAUGUUAACUGAUGUAGAUUGCCUGGUUUGUGUCCACAUGAUUAUCGUAAUCUAUGUUUUUCAAGAUAUUGGCUGACAUGGCUCAAAAUCGUUCGCAAUGGCAUAGGUACAUCCGCUCUUUGCCUUCCGUUUAGAUGCUAGUUUUCUAAAUCCCUCAAAAUCUUUUUUUCACUAAUUCAUAUUUUCUUCAAUCGUAUAUUAGAUGUCUAGUCUUUUCCAUUGCCGCUAGUACUGUUACUACCUCUGCUGCUCUGGGAUUUACCCUAGUAAUUUCACCUCAUUGCGCUAAUAGUAGAAUAUGGCAACUUGAAUUGAUGUACACAUAUGCUGGGUUUUAUGCUGAGUUUGACUGACCGACUGACCAGAGAGCGCUGUUGACAACUGUUUCAUUUUAGUUAGUGGCUCUUAAGUAGCACUGUUCACCCAUGAUCCCAAACUGAACCGACCCGAGAACCAUCUUUCGUUGUACAUCUCUUACGUAUCUUGAUGCUCUCCAAUGUCAUUUUGGAGUUACUGCCUGAUUCUAGAUUGGUUUAACUACGCAGUUUUCUACUAGAACGUCGGGAAGUCCGCCUCAAAGAUAAUCACGAUAAUUAGUAGGACUUUUUUUAAGAUUUCACAUUGUUCAGAUGUAACUUCAUGACAAGGUGAGUCUUUCGUAUUUAUCAUCGUAUGUUAGCAUCUGUUUAUAGUUAUUAUCAGUCGGUAAUGUUAAUUUCCUAUAUUCUUACUAAAAAAUAGAGCAACACAAAAGUUCCUGAAUUAGAUUCGGUGAACUCAUUAGAAUGUUACUUUAAAGCAAACGAUAGAAUGCAGAUACACCAUGUUAUAUUUUCGUCGAUAGCAAAUUAAUUAAUACAAUAUAAAACGUUCAUUACAGUAGAGCAUUAAAAAUGUGUCACGCUUGCAUAAAUUCUGUGUUAUUGCCUGGGUACUCAAAACAAAGUAAAUAGUCUCAGACCAUUCUUUGACCUUAAGGUUUGAUUUACAAAGCAAUGAGGUAACGUCACAUGACAUUUUAAGGUAGCAUGUAACUGAUGUAGGUUCGUACACCAUUGGUUUCGUCCUUAUCCUGAUGAUGAUAUUUACCGCUUGUUUUAAAUAGAGUUUCCUAGCUUAUCUACAACGAAUCUACUAACUUCAAUCUAAGUGACAGAUGUCUGGUAUCAAUUACUUUUUCAGGGCCACUCUUACUGCAUGAAAAUAGUUAUUGUACGUCUUCUCAGGAAGAGGUUAUAAGCAUACGGUCAUUUGAGAUCAUUCCCGGAGGUAGAGUGGAUUCUUCAAAACCUCGGUAUCUCGGAAACCAAGAUCGAAAGUCUUUUUCUUUAGUGAGCUAGUCAGGUCGCGAAGUUAGCCAGCCAUUGCUCAAAGCAUUUUGUCAACUGAGAAAUCAGAAAUGUGUAAUAAUAAAGAGGUAAAACAAAAAAUACACGUUGUCUAAUAAAGCUAUUCUUUCAAAUGAACGUAGAAUCAUAAAAUUCCUUAGCGUUAUUGAGAUAAUUGUGUAAUAUAACUGCCCCUUAAUCACUACAAAGUUUGUACUUCACAAACAUGCACCUCUGAUAUUGUUAAGUAAAUGUUAGUUGUAAUUUUUCUUAUUCUUUAGUUCGAGACACUGUUUAAUAAUAGUAGUUUAACUGUUUAAGGCAUUUGACUCAACUAUUGAUUUUUAUUUUAACUAGUUUAGCUUGAGUUAUUAUCGGACACAGAAGUAUAUCAAUCUAUAAUUUAUUAUUUUGAUUGAGAUUAUGAGUCGAUCAACGUUAGAACACCAUUGAAAACCUAGAAGCAAUGGAUGGCCAUUUUGCUCUAGUAUGGGACUCCUCAGCGGUGCACAUUCACCGUCCCGCACGCGGACCUCGAACCUAGGACCUUCGAUUUCACAUACGGGGUCGUCGAUGUGCACUACUGAGGAGUCCCAUACUAGAACAAAAUGGCCGUCCAAUGCUUCUAUGCUUUCAAUGGUGGUUUAAAAUUGAUCGAUUCAUGAUCCAUGAUCUCAAUCAAAAUUCAACAAUCUCCACAACCCAGUACUGAUAAUUUAUUAUUUGUUCAGUCUCACUUGAAGUUGAAUAAAACAUAUUUAGGUAUCAUAGCAUCAUUUUCUUCAAAAUCGAAGAAAGAAUUUGUUCUAAUGUUGUAAUGUGAUUAGUUUUUUCUUCUUGAGAUUAACUUUAUCAUACUUUCUUUUUUUUGAUACAUCAUUCUAUACAUACACACACAAAUUUUCACAUACUCAUACUCGUAUACUGUGCACAUGGCAACUAAUCAACUUAAGACUUCUUUACGAAGAACGAAAUCAGAAAAAAGUGAAUAAAGAAGUCCAGUUGGCGAGUAAAUUUUUGACAAGUAAUUAAUUAGAUUGUUUUUUUUAUUGUCAAACUAACAACACAACAAUUAAUUACUGACUUCUCGUGUUUGUUUUUUUGUCAACACUACUUAUUCGUUUGUUUUCGUCACCUUUCUUGUCUUCAUUUACUUUAAAUUAUUUUUAUUUGAUAAAAAAAGAAAAGAAUGUGUCUUCUCUCUCUGUCUCUCAUCCUGUCAUCUCACUUUUACGUGAGAACAAUAAAACAGUGAAUAUGAAUAUAAUGGAAAUCCUAUUGAUUUUAAAUUAAUCUGUCUAUUGAUCUAUGUAUUGGUACAACAUUCCCACAUCGUUUUUUAUUAAUAAUUAAGAUUUCAAUAGAUGUGGAAAGUCAAUUUACAUUGGCUAAAUUAAUCUUAUUAAAUUGCUGAUAUUAUUAAUGAUUAUACUAGAAAUAAACGAAAGGAAAUAUCAACAGUUGAAUAUUCUUCAUACACUCAGUUCACAUUGCAAAAUAUUGGAUUUAAUUGGUGCGUUAUAAUAAUUUGCGAAAAUAUAUCACAUUGAUAUAUUUAAA